GUGGAAGUACCGGAGGGUACCAAGAACUGUGACCUGAAGGACACCAUCAGCCGCGAGUUGGGGCUUUAUCCGUACUCCUUCAAGCUGAUCACGUUGGUAUCUGGGGCCACUGUGGAAGGAGGUGGUUUCGUCUCGUCGCUGUCGCAGAAUGGUCGGUUGGACUUGACGCUUGUGAAAAUCGAUGGAAUUCCGACUCCGGAUUCUCACGGCUACUUGCAACUGCAACCGGAAGGGAGCGAGUCCACAGCACCCUCGACCGGUCGGACCCGAUGCGCGACGCGGGUGAUCGCGUUUCUGGUCACCUUGGCCGCUGCGCUCUUCAUCCUCGAGGAGUUCUACUGUCGUCUACUUCUCGUGUAUGCAGUCUACCUGCUCGAGGCCCUCUUUCUGAACCCCACCGCGCGGGGGCUUCUCCGUCUGAAGCACACGGACCGCAUCAUGGACUACAUAGAGGAGGUGAAGGCAUGUCGUCCAAUCCCGGAA